AUGGCGCCUGUCUAUCACGGCAGGUGGGUCUACAACAUAGACACUCUCUACGUCACUACCUCUUGCGGUGCCGUACACGCACGCGCCUCAUAUGCCGAACUGGAUGACAUAUUCAGCACACCAUUGGGAGCCAUCAGGACCAGACCGGACAAUCCCGGCCAUUGGUGGGAAGCCCAGCUUUUCCAUUAUGGGCUCGCGCCGACAACAAACAAAGCCGCAGCCAAGAUGAGAUUGAUGGACGCCUAUCAGGAUGGCAGGUUGAAAGUCCCGGAUGAAGUAUUUCAAAUUGAGGACACCCUGCACAGGAACUGGAUUAACCAAGGCUUGGGUUACCGUGUUCUAGGUCCCGCCAUGCAACUUUCACGCGGCGCUGGGGUUGUGAACGAACCCCGGGAUAUUGACAUGAUUGAUUCCGACGCUACACAGGGACAGUCUGGUGGUGAGCAUGGAAAUAUAUUUGCUGCAGGCUUGAAUGCAGGCGCAGGCAUGCAAGGCAAUUUGCGACACGAACGAAACGAGAUGCAGCCACCCCACCCUGAGACAAACAAAAGGAAAGAUGCCAACGGAGAUCCUUGCACCCGCCCUUUUAAGACACCCCGAUGCCGUAGUGACAAUGGUACAUCCGACUUGCAGACUCAGAUCGACAGCCCGGAUGCUGACACCCUUUAUGAAAGAUCACCGACUCCAGAACCACUUGGAAACGGACGCGGACGGCUGAUUCCAGGCAUGGUAUUGCAGAAUAUUCAAUACCGAGCUGUGCCUGUAUUGCGCGACGGUACCUCUGAAUCGGGCACACAACUACCUUUAUUCGGACUAAUGGACCUGAACGAUGUGAAUUAG